GCUAAUAUGGAGUUUAAUUGCAGGCUCCCAUUGUGACCACUUAUUUCAUAUAAAAGCGUGUCAGUAAGUUCGUUUCCUGCGUGGAAAUGGCGGAAGUGUUCGAUAGUCCUUAAUUUUCUUGGUUUGAAAAAACUAACAAACGACACGGCCACAUCUAUGCUAUCUAUUAUUGUAAUUCUACUGAAUUUUCUAAGGGUGGCGCAAUUACUCGGGGUUGCAGAUGGUCGUCUCUUUCUGACAAACCGGGGAGAACUAAAUGUUGAUUGACUACUAAUUCAGAAACGCUCUAUUCAGUGUUUGUAUUUAUCACAUGCGUUCUGUCAUGUAUGAAUCAACUUGAACUUGAUGGAAGUAUCCAGGUUUUUGUCGUGCGCUGUGCAUGUAUCUCCAGGUGAGUCAAGUGAUCAACCAGGGUGUGAAUUAUUCAAACUGUUGUACUCGGUGCUUUGGUGUCAUUUCCUCAUGUUGCAACUGCCUGUGAGAAAAGAAAAAAAUAUGUUCACAUGUAAUGUGUUUUUCACCAUUGUUGUCAAACAUCGUUUCAGUAAUCACAAAAGUUUAGGGCAACAAGAUCGGAGCCCAUAUUUUCACUUGUCGCCAAAUAGACGCCAGUGAACAUAAGUAACUACAGUAUUUUACUCGCUAGCUUUCCGUGGCGAACAGCGAUAAAUUGAAAAAGAAAAAAAAAGUCACGUUCCAUUAACAACAGUGUAUUGUUUAAAAAGUGCUUAACCGAUGUGUUUGCGUUGCGCGAGAAAAAUCACAACACCUCACUUACCCCGAAAUCACAUAUAUAUAUAUAUAUAUAUAUAUAUAUAUAUAUAUAUAUAUAUAUAUAUGAUAAUAUAAAUAAAUUUCCUAUAUAGAGUUUCUUUUAAACUGAUUUAAAUGAUUUUCUUUAAAUUCGCACCCUAAUCUAAAAAGGCUGGAAACACCAAGAGAGAUAAAUUUAUUAAGAGUUGGGGGUUAUAGAAGGAGAGAGAGAAAAAAAAAGAGAGAGAGAGGUGCGCAUGGAGGAGGGGGGAGACCUGUUACUGCUGUGCCAACUGCGCGCUUUCACUGCGCAAAAGCGCACAGAAAUGUUACCGGCUCGAAUCUAGAUAUCAGUCUCCCGAUUCUUUUCUUAUCAAAGCUUUUUCUUAUUUACAGAACAAAAUGAUUUAAUUUUACUCUUUAGCAUGUCUUCAGUAUUUAUGAAGUCAGUCCUCUUUUGACAUGAGGAUCCUGCGUCUCCAUGCGCCUUUUCACUACUCAUCGUUUCUAACAUUUAACUCGUUUUAAAUGUUUUGAGACCAGGACUGCGAGGAUGUGGACGCUACCGAGGACUCGGUUCGCACACUGUAACGGCUCGUCGAGCAGCGAUGAGAAAGAAAUCGCCGUGAACAUCGGCGGCGUGCGGCUGGUGCUGUGCGGGGACAUUCUGAACCGCUAUCCGGACAGCAGGCUCGCCGAACUUGUGAACUGCUCAACUCGGAGUUUUGAUGUCAUUUCAUCACUCUGCGAUGAUUAUGACCCUGGGAAACGAGAAUUCUACUUCGACAGAGACCCUGACUCGUUCAAAUGCAUCGUAGAAGUGUACUACUUCGGGGAGAUCCAUAUGAAGCGCGGAAUCUGCCCCAUUUGUUUUAUUAAAGAGAUGGAGUUUUGGAAGAUUGACUUAAGCUACUUGGACGAAUGCUGCAAAAGCAACUUGACCGAGAAGGAGGAAGAGUUGGCGGAGAUUGCAGACAAGGUGAAACUGAUCCUGGAUGAUUUGGACUCUGACCCUGACGUGAGCCGCAAUGAGAGAUGGCAGAAGUUCGUCUGGAAGCUCAUGGAGAAACCAGAGUCCUCGCUCCCCGCACGCGUAAUUGCCGUCGUGUCGUUCCUGUUCAUUCUAGUGUCAUCUGUGGUGAUGUGUCUCGGGACCAUACCGGACCUCCAGGUGGAGGAUUCCGAAGGUAACCGCGUUGAGCACCCGACCCUGGAUGCUAUCGAGACGGCAUGCAUCGGAUGGUUCACGAUAGAGUACGUACUGCGCUUCGCAUCUUCCCCUAACAAGGUGCGCUUCGCGCUUUCCUUCAUGAAUAUGAUAGACUUCCUGGCCAUUCUGCCGUUCUACGUGGUGCUGGUUCUCACGUACCUCGGCACGGCCAUGAUGGAGCUGGUCAACGUGCAGCAGGCGGUGCAGGCGCUCCGCAUCAUGCGCAUUGCACGUAUCUUCAAGUUGGCGCGCCAUUCUUCUGGCCUACAGACGCUCACGUACGCGCUCAAACGCAGCUUCAAGGAGCUGGGUCUGCUCCUCAUGUACAUGGGAGUGGGCAUCUUCGUCUUCUCCGCACUCGGGUACACCAUGGAGCAAAGCCACCCGGAGACGUUGUUCAGAAGCAUCCCGCAGUCCUUUUGGUGGGCCAUCAUCACCAUGACCACCGUCGGCUACGGGGACAUCUACCCAAAGACCACUCUGGGCCGGUGCAACGCGGCAAUCAGUUUUCUGUGCGGGGUGAUCGCCAUAGCUCUGCCCAUACACCCCAUCAUCAAUAACUUUGUCAUCUAUUACAACAAACAGAAGGUGCUCGAGACCGCCGCUAAGCACGAGCUGGAACUCAUGGAGCUGCGCGCGCUCGAACUCGCAGUCAGAAGCGCCUCGCGCAGGUCUGACGCGCCCGGGAACGCGUGGGAAGGUGCCUUGCGAGCAUCGCGUAGCGAUACAUUCAUCCCGCUCCUUUCUGGAGCGCACAGAACUGAGAGGGAGCCCGUGAAGAAGAAAAGCCUGACUUAGGACAAAAAGUGAAAGAAACUCGAUAGGCACUUUAGGUUUCAAGAGAGCUUGUGUUAUUAUGGUCAUUGUGCGCUAUAAACUGCUGUGCUGCAAUGUGACCGUCAAGCUGCUUGUGCUGUUUUCACUGGACAUCAAAAAUGAGUUCCUCUUCAAAGUGUUAUUUUGUCUUAAUUAAAUAAAGUGCAUGUCAAACUUCAUGCCUAAUGUGUUUCAGAUAAUUAUGGCGCAAAUAAAAUACUUAGACUUAUAAAUUCAACAUUAUCAAAAUGAUCUUUAACAAACACACAAUGAGCUACAGGUGUGAAACAUGACCUGAGGUCACGGUAGAAGUUGUGUUUGUAUCAAGGAUUUAUAGGACAAACAGCAAAUUUGAGGUAAAGUAUAAUUUCACAUUUUUAUCAUUUGAUUUGUGAUUAUGUUGAUGGUGAAUGACUGAACUGCAUGAAUUGGCAGGUUCUGUUGUUUAAUUUGACUUAAUCAGUUAGAGAUGAUGGGGGUAUAACAUAAUAAAUUAUUUUGAACAAGUUACUUUGUUUACAAAAAUAAAUGCAUGCACAAAAUAUAACAUUUUUACAUGUUUUUUAUUAGUGUUACUACUCUUCCCAGUAGUGGUGUAAUUUUCAAUAACAUCAUUAUUUGUACUUGCAAAAACUGUUUAUAUUUGAAUAUAUUUUAUAAUGUAAUUUAUUCCUGUGAUGCAGCUGAAUUUGCAGCAGCCAUUACUCCAGUCUUCAGUGUCACAUGAUCUCCUUCAGACUUCAUUCUACUAUUUAGAUUUGGUGCUUGAUUAUUAUCUGUUAUUAUUAUUAUUAUUAGUGCUAAAAUAUUCUAUGCUCAAAUAUAGUUUCUUAUUAUUAUCAAAGUUAAAAAACCUUUUUAAUAACAGUUUUUUCUGCUUUUAUUGAUAUAUUCUUUGAAUAAAAAGUUCAAAAGAACAGCAUUUAUUGAAAACAGAAAUAUUUUGUAACAUUAUGAAUGUCUUUACUGUCACCUUUGGUCAAUUUAAUGCGUCCUUGCUGAGUAAAACCAUUAAUAUCCCCCCCCCCCCCUUUUUUUAUUUUUGCUUACACCUAACUUUUGAAUUACAGUUAUAUAUAUUAUAGCAUCUUAGAAUGAUAUAUUUCACAAUAUUACUGUUUUUGCUGCCUUGGUGAGCAUAAGGAACUUUAUAUAUAUAUAUAUAAAAUAUAUAAUAUAUCAUGUUGCUAGGAACCUGAGACAUGUAAGCACCAAAUGUAUGUCUGUUAUUAUAAAGACUUAUAAGCAUUUAGACAUGAAAGACAGAUAUUCUCAGACAUUCUUUACUGGGAGGAAGAAUAACUCAGGUGAUGGCGGAGUUACAGGUGAGUCUUACGUUCCUCAAAUCAAAUGAAAUAAUUCACAUAGUCUCUGUUUCUCAUUCUCUCUCUCUCUCUCUCUCUCUCUCUCUCUCUCUCUCCCUCCAUCUCUGUCUUCUAACCUCUUCACAGUAAUCCGAUUACUAGUGGUCAGUGCUAAAUACAGUUGUAUAUGGAGUCAAACAAUUUCUGUUCAGAGGUCCAAAUUCAGAGGUAGUCAGAAAUGCAUAUGACCACGUUGCAUUUGUAGUGUAAAAACAUGGUCUUUGUCUUUGCAUUAUAGUGUCAUUCUAUUGGCUGCAGCCUCUUCCGCCCUCAAGUGCACUGUUUGUCCAGGUUUGCACGCUGUGCAAACGGCCAGCACAACAGAUGUCUAAAAAAGUAGGCUGAGAUUCUGAAAUGUUGCUUUUGCAACUUGCAAGAGAUUUACUCUCAUCUUUAUUCUGAUGUCCAAUUUCUGACUCAACAAUCCAGCACAGAGAUAAAAACAAAUGAGUCACAGAAUCCACCCAAACAUGCUGGAAUUCAGCAAAGAGUCACCGGAGGCUAAGAAUAGGACCUCCAGCAUGAUGUGGGCUGGUGUCAGUCAUGAGAACGAUACAGAGCGUUUAUGGAGGGAAUGUGUGUCUGGUUGUUAUAUAGAGAAGCAUUUGAACAUGUCUGCACGGCAGGGGGUUCUCACAUACACCCUCGAAACGCUCAGACAAGAUGGCUACCCUGGCACCUACAAGCGUGAUGAGAUAGCUGACAUGGUUUAGAUUCACAGUGUGAGGAGUAUGGGUGUGCUUCUGUGUGGGUUUGUGUGAGUAGUUUAAAGGUUUCUUUCGAGGUGUACAUUUAUCUUAGCCCCUGCAGUGUGUACUUCAUUUGGAUAACAGUUUUAAGCGUUCCUGAAAGUUUAUCCUGUAUCCACCUGUGCUGUUCUCCUAUUCCAUUCCACCAAUCAUCUCUCUUGGUCCCCCAUCACCAUGGGAACUUGGUUAGAGGACUAUGGUUAGAGUCCUCAGAACAUCUACGCCAAUUAACAAGAUCUAAAUGAAGUUCAGCCAUAAUGAUGCCACCAAAGUUUGUUGUGUGUGACAUUCUGCUAUUGAGAAUUAGAGGUAGAGUGUGUUUCCUGGUGUGUUUCCUGAAAUUCCUGUAGAGUAUUAAUAGAAAAGGUUAUGGAAUUUUUUUUUGUUGUCAAUAAUGUGUGGUAACCCAUUGUCACAAAUUGACAUUUCUUAUUUUUAUAUAAGGAAUAUUGCAGUAUUUAUUAUAAAAGAUUUAUCCGUGCACAUCAUUAUUUUUAAAAAAAAUGUAUGUGCCUUGUAAUCUUUCAUUAAAAAAAUAUCUUACCCUCCCUCUUGCAACAGCCUCGCUUCUCUUCUCUUCUCUGAUACUGAGAGUGAGUAAGACUGCAUUGUGAUUAUAUGUACAAGUAUGCAUGAAGCUACAUGUAUUGUACAUAUGCAUGCCUUGCAUAUCACAGCUGUGCAUUGGUCCGUGAGAUUGAGUAACAGUUUUUGUCCCUGCAGUCACAUUCACACAUCAUUCUCACAGUAAGAGUGUUCACAUGCUUUUCUAUCUGAACAUUACACUUUCCAGUUAAUGCUAACAUUAUUACAGCUAUUCCACUGGCAUGUUCACAGCAUGUUAUAUAAUGGAUAAGAAAGUUACUUCCUCAUGACUGUGCACAGGUUAGAAAUGUGAAGUUUGUUUGUGAGAGAGGCAGAAAAGAAAGCAGUUGGGAGCGCUUAGUGGUAUUGUAGAUUCACUUAAUGAGUGUGGAUGUAAUAACUCUCUACAGGCCGGUAGCAAACACAUACAUAAAUUG